AUGGAGGUCGACCAUGCAGUAGUUGUCUCGUUCGUAAUCGCGAGUGUUCCUAUCUCCCCAGCAAAAGGGGUGGCUCACGAAAGCGGCAACUGCACGGGCGGCCAGAAACUGAUGCUAUCAGUCGUUGCCUUCGAGCAAAUCGACCAUCUCAUCUCUCCAGGUGCUGGACUGAGACGAACGUUCAAUACCGAAGCGCGGUCUGAAGCAGAUGUGGAAGAUCACCAGUGUUUUGAGAACGACCUCGGUAAAGAGUCUGCCACUGUAAGGAUUUAUGAAAGUGAAAAAAAAAUUUCCCCGCUCAGUCUUGCAAUUUCGGCAAUUCUAGUCCUCAUUCCCUUGACACAGGAGACCAGUUGCGGCCCGGGAACUCAUAGAUCAGAGCGGAGAUCUUUUGCACAACGUCUUACGCAGGCAGCACUUGAACGUGUGGAAGCUGACUCUGAAUCUCUUGCUUUUGCAGUUGAUUACCCUCCGGACUCACUCGAUGAAUUGGAGACAGCAUCUCGCAACCCAUUUCACCCGCACACUCCUGUAGGGCUGGAAAGCAUCCUCGCACUUCUCAUUUUAAGCAAUUAUGAGCAUACUCAACGUGGAAAUCUGCUUAAAAUGGUCACUCGGGCAAAUCAGGCACUAGUUACAGCGAAGGCUUUAUCUCUCCAUCGCCUGGGACCGGAAAAUGACAAAUAUUCAGAGGCGAAGAGGAGAGCUUGGUGGAUGACGUACUGCUGCACACAUCUGUGCUCUAUCGUUCGUCAGAGUUCCUCUAUUAGCAUCGAUGACGACAGCAAUUUCAUAACACCAUUUCCCCGUUUAGAAUCAGACCCAGAGGCCUGGGCGAUAUUUGCCGAAUCGCUGCGAAUCUCAGUAGCUAGCGUUCGACUCAUGGCUAGCCUUGGAGCCUCUAUGAACUCGCAGGCAGACAUGUCGAGCAUCUACGAUCAGAUCGCCAAACUUGACAAGCAAAUAAUACAGACAGCUACAAGAGUAGAGGCACAACUUCCCAUGUCAUACACCGAAGGCCAAGUCCAAGGGACUCGCGCUAUAUCGCAAAUGUUUUGCAUGUCCACGGAUACGCCAUCCUCCAUCGAGCGCCAGGUCGAGGAGCUUCGUCACGGUCUCGAAGGAAUUAUCACGACAAUGGAAGACUUUGCAAGAACUUCUGAGGCGAUUGAUGAUGAACUUCAGGUUUCAUUCCAAGCAGCGUUCCAAGGCGAUCUAGAAUAA